GAAGUAAUAAAUAUAAGUGAAGGUUUUAUUUAUAAAAAUUGAGUUUUAUAAUAAAUACCGUACGAAAGUGCAAGAGUUCAUUGUUUUUAUCAUUAUACUUAAUGUUAUGCAAUGAUAAACCGAUGAUAUUGGAUAUGCGCGAAGUGAAAUUCUCACCAUUCCCAUUAUAAUAAAAUGCGUACAGAGUUGACGUAAAUAUAAUUUUAAUAAAUAGAGUCGUAAUCAUAUUUUUAAGAAACAUGUUGCAACAACGUGGAUUCAUGAGAGAUAAAGUAUUGUUUCGUAUUUUAAAAAGCAAAGGUGCAACUGCUAGCAGCAUAUGUGAUAAACUGAAUCAUAAUGUGAAAAACAUUGUGGUAUUAUCAGAAGAUGAACUUUGUGAGCUAUGGAAACAUACGAAAGCCAUACUAUUGGAAGCUCAAAAAUUAUGUACGCAAUCAUCAGAAAACAAAAAUAAACAUGUGAAAGAAUAUAACCUUAUGAUUAAAUUGAUUCGUACUAUAACUGUAAUGGCGCUUGAAACAAUUGUAAGACGAACAUUUAUACCAAGUAUUUUGUUGCAAAAUAUUAUGUUAUUACAUUCCAUUGUAUUACCAAGUAUAAAGGACAAACAGGCUAAAAAUGAAAUAUCCUACCUAUUGGAAAAAUGGUGGAAAUUAGAUAUGGCAUGGAAGGAAAAAGUGAUAAUUAAUGCAGUGAAAUAUCUCAUUAAAGGUUGCAAAUCUUCAUUGCAACACAUAAAACGUUUGUAUGACAUAAGAUUCACACUCAAGUUAUUGAAAUCUAUAGAAGAUGUACAAGAAUUACUUAAACUUGUUCGUGAGAAAUCUGUGAUGACACUUGAAGAAGGUCAGAAGCUAAUGUUAUAUUUACUUACGCUUGGGGAGCAACAUAUAUUGGGGAUACAUAACAAUGUGAAGGUAGUAUUACAGGAUAUAGGACGCAACGACAUUAUUUUGUAUGCAGACUUGUAUACAACAGGAUGGUUAAAUGCAUCUGCAAAGUUGAAAAAAUUCAUUGCUGAAAAUUGUCUAAGGGAUAUUAUUUUCCAUUGUUUCCGUGCACAUAGAAAUCCAGCAGGAAGAGGAGAGCUUGGUAAAAAUCUGCUUUCAUUACUUACUGCCAUUCACGAGAGCAAAAAUCAAGCAGUAAGACUAAUGAUUCACAAUCAAUGUAAACCUUUACUUUGGGAACACUUGAAGGCUCCUGGUUCUUACAUUAGAUGUAAUGCAGUAGAAAUUCUUUUUGUGACAAACUCUAUACACUAUCCAUAUACUGCAAAAAGUAGAAACACGGUUUACCUUCAAAAGUAUUAUAACACAAUAACUGAUCUCUUGAAAGAUCCUAAUUAUCAAGUGUGCAAUGUUACCAUGAAUGGUCUUUUUCAAAUGUUAGAAAAACAUUGGAGCUGUGUUCCAAAGAAUAUUAUUCGCGAUUGGUUAUCUAUAUUACUAAAUUAUACAAAAUGUUCGAGUAGCCCAGAAACGAGAGCAAACGUUUUCAUUGGCUUGAAGAAAAUAUUAAUUAAGGACCGAUCUCACAGAAUAGUUAGGGAUUUUCUACCAAAUUUUGCACAAAGUAUUUAUGAUGAAGAUAAAUCUGUAUUAGAAGCCCUAAUCGAACUCCUAUGGCAUGCACAAAAUCAACUUGGAAUGCCUUUCUGGGAUAUUGUACCACUGACGUACAUUCUCGAUCGUUUAGAGACUACCGAAGACACUAUUUUGUUAGUGGAAUUAAUAAAACUUCUUUGGAAGCGUAUUUCUUUAGACGAUAUAGACAAUCGUAAAAUAACAGAAGAAAUUGUCUACAUAGGAAGAAAUAAUAUAAAGGCAAUUAGGAGAUUUUGUCUUCAUUCUAAAUUUAUUAUAAACUGGAAUGUAUCUGUAAAGCUUAUCAAAACCAUUUUACCUAUGAUAAAAGAGGAAAUGGAAUGUUUGCCUUCCACGAAAAUAUUACAGAGUACACGUAGCAAGAAAGCUAAACUGAAUAAUGACGAAAAUAAUUGCAUAGAUGAAAAUGUGAACGAAGUGGAGAGUGAUCCCAAUAGUUACAGAGAUGUUCAAAUAUAUAUUGACGUUAUUGCUAUGCUUUUAGUAGCAAAUCUAAAGACCAUAGAUGAAGAAAAUUUCACUAUGGAAGAGAUAGAAGUUUUACAAUUAAUUGCCAAUAUUCUGCCACAAUUUUUCACAUAUUUUAAGGAAACUCCGGUAAACGAUUCAGUGAUAUUUUUAUUUUCUUUGAUACCGCCAAAGUUUUUUCUCAAUAGAAGUGAAAUUUUAGAGAUGUUAGAACAACAAUUGUAUGAUCCCGUUAUCUCUGAUGAUACAAUUUUUACAGUUAUAUAUGUUCUUCUAAAGUGGAAUAAAGGACAAGCGGUUUUAUUUGCACUAACAAAUCUUUUCAUGGAGUCUUUAAAUAUUAAUAUACAAAUUAAUGAGGGCACUUGUAAUGACUCAGAUGUCUUCAAAAUUAACGAAAGGGGAUUAGAGUUAAGUCUUCGUAUUUUAAAACAUUUACUGCAUGAUGAAUAUCGAUCAGUCGUAAUGAAUAAAUAUCAUCAAGAUGUACUCAAAUUUUGGGAGAGUUUACAUAAAUGGAGAACUUUCAUACAUAAAGAACUAGAGAACGACUACAAUAUAAAUAACGUAAUAUCCAAAGAUUUAGUUGUGAGGUUUUUUAAUGAAUACAUAUCAAUGGUCUCCAUGCUGGAUAAGGAAGACGUGUUCGAUGCUUCCGAAUAUAUUACGGAAAUGUUGCUGUGGAUUACAAAGGAAAUAGUACCACACAUAGAUGUGGAUACUGACAGUCAUCAAAUUUGUAUAGAUUUAAUGAAAUGUACUUUUCAUAUGUUAAAUUUGCUGCUAAAGGAAUGCAAUAGUACUCCAAAGUUAUGUUGUGAUAUUGUACUUUUAUAUUGUAAAUGUCUAACUAUGGCAAGAGGUGUAAUUUUUUUAAAUGAUGCGUUUGAUGCAUCAAUGAAGUUGUUAGAUUUUAGCAAAAUGGCUUAUGAAAACCAAGAACCAAAUUUGUUAAAAGUUAUUGUUCCAAAUUUUGUAUGCACUGUAAUGGUUACUUUAACCAAGUGCGACGAAAAUAUCCUGGCCAAACAAACAAAUAAUUUAAGAAUACUGCAUGAAUUGACACAAAAAUAUUUUACUGUUGUUAAGAGCACUUUUAAUGACCAGAGAAUGUGUCUCCCAUAUAUAACUUUUAUGCUUAACACUGCAAUAAGCAGUAUAAGCAUAAACAUGACUAGUACACUCCAAAACAAACCUAUUACGAAGGAAAAUAUUUUAAUAACAAAUUUCCCAUACUUAGCAACGAAGAUAUUGAAAAUCAUUUUCAUUACAAAAAAAUACCAACCAUUGAGUGUUCAGGUGUUAACAAAAACAAUAACAAAUUAUACAAAAAUCGACACGCUUUCGGCUCUAGUAAUAAUUCAUAAAAUGGUUAAGUCAUCUGAUAAGACACUUAUCAAUAAACUUAAAAACAUAACGUUAUCAUUGAAAACACACAACCACGAAUGGUCUUACGACACUCCCUUUGACAGAUCUAUGGAAGAUGCAAUAAACAUAAUCGUAGAUACCAUAUUGCAGGAAUAAUAAAUCGGGGAUUCUAAUAUACUUAUUAUUUCUUUAACAAGAAGUAUAUUUCUAAUAUAAAGUGUUUGCAAUUGAUAAUAGAAAUA